GACAAAAGAGCAGCUUAUGGCUCUCAAACCAAUGCAUAUGUCCCCACAGUAUCCUACCAUCUUAUCUUAAUUAUUCAUAUUACGAGACUUCCAUGAUUUCUCUAAUCUACAUUUGUACCCAUUUGAUGAGACAUUUCCUGAAUCUAUUGAGUCUGCUCAAAGCACAAUUACAUCGAUUUGUGUUCUCUCUGUCUCUUCCUUUCUUUCUCUUUACUAAUAUCAGAACAUGGAAACUUCGUUUAUUUACUUAGCAUCAUUUUCUGAUUUGAUAUUUGAACAAUUCCAAGCUAGUAUUAAAGAAAGAGGUAGUGUUUGCUUAUUGGUGAUCUGCUUUGUUGUCCUCGUCUUCUUCUCUUUCACAAUCUUGAGUCAACAACAUUAUUAACCUCUUUCAUCUCAAAAAGUUCUUUCGUCAUCUUGGGUUUUCUGUAAACUAAGAAGGAAAUGGAAGGUGGGUUUUAUUCCGAUUGGAAUGAUAGUUCCUCGUCGUUAUUCGGAUCAGAGAAUCCGGAGCACGAGUUGGAGGAAGGAAAUGUAAGAAGUGAAGAGAUUGUCUCUCAGAUACCUCAGCCUCAGACACCAAGGGAGCCAAUGAAGUUUCUAUCCAGAUCAUGGAGUCUAUCUGCUUCUGAAAUCUCCAAAGCUUUGGCGCAGAAACAGAGACAACAGCGAGAUCUGUUUUCUGUUUCCCAGAACAGUCCUAGAGGCUUCUUCCAAGAUGUUGCUGCAGAUCCACUCAUGGCAGAGAAUAUCAUGAACUCAGCUGGAACCCGUAGAUCAGGGAGAUUAUCAAAGUGGUUUCACCACAAACAACACACCAACCCAAGCACCAUGAGGAUUCCGAGGAAGAAAGAUAAAGCGCGUGUACAGAAAGCCCAUGUUCACUCAGCUGUGUCCAUUGCAGCUCUGGCAGCUGGGUUAGCAUCUGUGACUUCUGAGGAAAGCUGCAGCAAAGAGUCAUGCUCCAUGAUGGCACUGGCUCUAGCCUCAGCAACAGAGCUACUGGCUUCACACUGCAUUGACAUGGCUGAGCAAGCAGGCGCUGAUCACACCUGUGUUGCUUCCACGGUCAGGUCUUCCGUUGAUAUCCACAGCCCUGGCGAUCUCAUGACUCUCACAGCUGCGGCUGCAACUGCAUUGAGAGGGGAAGCAGCUUUAAAGGUGAGGCAGCCGAAGGAAUCAAGGAAGAAUGCAACUAUCACACCUUGUGAAAGGAGCUUCUCAGACUCUCACUGGCCCGGCGAAAAUUGUCAGUUUAGAUUGGAGGAACCAAACCUUCCUUUAGAGGGCGAACUGGUGCAAUGUGCACGAAAUGGAUUGCAGCGAAAUAAGCGAGUUUGUGUCUAUAUCAACAAGAAGUCUCAGGUCAUGAUCAAACUCAAAAGCAAACAUGUUGGAGGGGCAUUCUCCAAGAAGAUCAAAUGUGUUGUUUAUGGAGUCUGCGACGAGAUAUCUGCAUGGCCUUGCAGGAAAGAGAGGGAAAAUUCCGAAGAAGUCUAUUUUGGUCUGAAAACAGGACAGGGUCUUUUAGAGUUCAAGUGCAAGAGCAAGAUUCAGAAGCAGAGAUGGGUUGCUGGGAUUCAGUCUAAUCUCCGCUUAGUAAGUUGCCUCGAGGCUGCCAAAUGCUCUCUGGAAUCUCUGAGUCUCAGCAAUCGCAUGCGAUAGAGAAUCCUGUAAAUAUUUACUAUUCACAGUUUUUUCUGC